AUGUUCGCCUUCAAACUACUAAAUGUACCCCAUCAAAUCUCCAUCUACGAUAUUUUGUUUGAGUUAACCUAUAAUUCCGAUGUCAACUUUUAUAGGAUAGACGGUACGGAGGACGUGUUGUUUGAAUUUAUGAACUUAAGAGAUAUGAUUAAUUGUUUCGAAUUGUUAAAUGGGAAACAUUACAUUUAUGGUGACAAUGAUUUCAUUGAAUUAAUCUACGAAGUUUUUGACGACAUUAAGGCAAUUUGUUCUGAUACCGAUAUUUUAGAUCUUAAAAUUGUGAUUAAAAAGUUAACCUAUCUUUUACCAGCGCUAAAUUUAAAUACUUUAAUUAAUAAAUUUAAUCUUCUUCAACAAAACUCAUCAGAGAGUUUUAUGCUGUGGUACAUUAGAGUAUCGAAACUUCAUAAGAAAUGUAAUUUUUUGGACGAUAGUAGAUUAAAAGAGAAAUUACGGACAUCUACUUUAAACGAUAAAAUUAAAUACAAAUUCUCCAAAAAUUUGGACCUUACAUUGAAUCAGAUGGUGGAAUUAGGGGUGAAACUGGACUCUAGUAAUAUUAAAUACAAUUAUGGUAAUAAUAAUUCGCGAUACCACGAUAAUUAUAACAAUUAUAACUAUAACAAUUAUCGCUAUAAUAAUAAUAAUCAAUCGAAUUUUGGUAGAAAUAAUACAUGGUAUGAUUAUAAUCAAAGAAAACAAAUCCAAUACGGUGACGGAAAUCGUAACAAUUACCAAUCUUAUUACAACAACUCAGAUAAUUAUAGAGGUAAUGAUAAGUAUCAGAGAAAGCAAAUACAAUAUAACAACAACUCAAAUAAUUAUAGAGGUAAUGAUAAUAUUCAGAGAAAGCAAAUACAAUAUAAUAACAACUCAAAUAAUUAUAGAAGUGGCGACGAAAAUAAUAAAAAGCAAAUACAAUACAAUAACGAUUACAACAUGAAUAUUGAAGAAAUUAUUGAAGAGAAAGUUGAUUCUACAAAGAACAAAGAUGAUAAUGAUUUUAAUGUCAACCUGGUGACGUGA